AUCACAGUCACACCAAAACCCUUAACCCAAUUGCACUCUUAUUCUCCCAAUGGAACCUAAUUUCCCUCUUGAGUUACAAUCAGAAUCCUUCAAAAUCCUCAGCUCCAACGAGGAAACUGCAAUGGAAACUCUCUUCUCGCACCUCUACGAUCCUCAACAACAACAAAACCGAUCUCAAGCUCUCACGUUCCUCCAAUGCUGCAAACACCACCACCCCGAUCUCCUCAUGAUCAAACUCUUCUUCCUCCUUACCUCCAGCCCCGAAACCCCCACGCGCACCAACGCCGCACGCACUCUUCUUUCUGUCCAACCCGCUGAGCUUUGGCCCAAACUCCGCCCUCAGGCCCAAACUCGUCUUCUGGCCCAUUUCAUUAACUAUCUCACCGAAGAGACUUCAAUCCACGUCCUUAGACUCGCGUCAACUAUCCUCUCACAAACCGUUUCGGUUAUAUACAAAUCUCAACAACACUGGAACGAUAUCAUCGAGUUUCUUUACUCCUCCGUUAAUUCAAACGACGAAAAGCUUAUAGAAUUCUCUCUUUUAGUGUUCUCCUCACUCUCCAACGAGUGUCGUUUAAGCCUCUCGAAUUCGCUUAACGACCGCGUUCGUGUGCUUCACUCGACGUUUUUGGCCUCUCUUGGUUCACGUAACCCUGACGUGCAGGUUGCAGCGUUUGCGGCGGUGGUGAACUUGAUUUGUUUGUUUUCGGAUAAUCAGCUUUUUCACGAAGUUUUGAGAGCGAUGAUGGUUGCGCUGUUUGCACUGUUGCAUGGCUUCGAGAGAAGCUAUUUCAAAAGUGCUUUCGCUGAGUUGGUUAAGCUUGUUUCUGCUGAGCCUGUUUUGUUGAAGCCUUAUAUGAGUGAUAUGGUGCUUGAUGCGCUUCAGAUUGCGGAAAAUUGCGGCGUUUGCGAAGAGACGCGGCGGUUGGCUUUUGAAUUGGUGCUUGCCAUGGCGGAGUUGAAGGAAAGCGAGCCGGUGCUGGCGAGUCUUCCGCAUGAAAUGGUUGUUAGGUUGUUUAUUGUUCCGAUGAAGACUUUGGUUCUAUAUGUUAAAGAGGACGGUGACGAUAACGGUACUGAUCGUGGUAUGGGAGAUGAAAAAGAAAAAGGUGCAGAUCCUGAGAAUGAAAAGAUGGAUGAUGCGUAUGAAUUUGUAACCAAGUGUUUGAAGAAGCUUUGUGUUGCGUUUGGAGGAACCAAAGUUGUGAGUGUUGCUCAUGAACUGUUGAAGAAUUAUUACUUGGAUUCAACGGACUGGAAAAUGCGACAGGCAGGGAUUACACUGCUCAGUGAGAUUGCCAAAGAGUUCUCAGAUGAAAUGGUUUUGAAGGAUAAUUUUCUAGAAGAAAUUGUAACCAGAAUUUUGAAGUUAUGCCAAGACUCUCAUGUUCAAGUUCGGUUGGCAGCUUUUACUUUGAUGGAGAUGCCUAUGAUUUUUGUCCAAGCGAUUCAAAUUCUAUAUCAUCAUAGGUUUGUGCAUGCUUUUUCCAUUGCACUUAGUGAUGGAGACAACAAAGUGAAGGAACAAGCUGCCUCAGCAAUGUUAUACUUUCUGAAGAACACUCUUCCAGAAAGCUUAUCAUUAUACCGAAAUGUGGAUACUUUAAUGAACAAAAUGUUAUCAUUGAUUCAGGAUAAAGGAAAUGCUAAGCAAAGAAGGAUUGUUUUGUCAGCUUUUAACAUAGUUGCACAACGUUGUCAUGAAGUAGCUCACAAGUAUUUUGCGAAUUAUCUUCCUAUCUUAUUGGAAGCAUGCAGUGACAAAAACUCUGAAAUCAAAGAGGAGGCAGCAAGGGGAAUUCGAAUUUAUGCUGAGUUUGGAACACCCAAUUUCAAGCCUUUUAUCAACAUGAUAUUGUCAGAACUCAGUAAACUAAUGAAAGAUCGCAAUGCAUCUAAUUCCUCCGAGAAUGCAACAUGCGAUGUUGCAGUUUCUGCUCUAGGAAGAAUCUGUGAAUUCCAUCGUGAUAGCAUUGACGGAUCCACGGCUGUUCCUGCCUGGUUAAGUUUCUUACCUCUUAAAAAUGAUUUGGAUGAAGCCAAAAUUAUGCAUGAACAGCUCUGUUUGAUGGUUGCAAGAUUAGAUAAGGAUCUUUUAGGAGCUGGUAAUCAAAAUCUUGUUAAGAUCAUUACUGUGUUUCUCGAAGUUAUUGAAAAGGGUGACAAUUUGGCUUCAGAAGAAACAAUCAACCAGAUUAAUAGUUUGCUGAGACAGCUUGCGCAGAACAUUCCUCCAAAUACGUUUGAGACAAUUCUUCUGUCUCUGAGUGCUCAACAACGGGACUUACUAUUGCCAUUUCUAUCAUCAUUCUAGUAGUACCAAUGUAUGUAUGUCUACACACCUAUAGAGCUUGUGUUUGUUACUUUACUGAGAUUUAGAAGCCCCGAGAUAAAUGUUGUUUGUAUGUUA